CCACAAAAGAACACUACUUAAAUCGCAAUUAGAAUGAAGUGUACCAUUAGGAAGUGCUGCUGCUGUGAGCUGAGAUGGGGAGCCCUGAUUAUCGUCCUUAUAGACAUGAUUGUGACUGCGGCACUUGUUUUGGAAACUAAGUAUUUGGCCUAUUAUGAAGACUGGUGUAUGGAUCAUAAUAAUGAGGUUCUUGAGAGCAGCUACUACACUUUAGCCUACUAUAUGUGGAUUAUCACACUUUUCAUCCACUUUGCCCACUUAAUGUCCUGUGUUUUGGUUAUUGCCUCUGUUUGGGUGCAAACCAAAGAACUGAUCAUUGCCUAUCUAAUUACUGGCGCAAUUCGCAUUGUUUAUGACUUGAUAUUUUUCAUUUAUGUGUGCGUCGCGAUUGGCGAUAUGAUUUUGACCUUGCUCCUCAUCGUCGGUGGAUUCGGUGUGGCCAUUUACUUUUGGGUCGUUGCCUACUCGUGGUUCAAGAUGAUCCAACGCCCAACAGGCUGAAACUGAAGUACCUCACUUAUCGCACCAAGCUUUAGACAAU